GGGAGCGCGCGGCGGGGUCGGGCCGAGCGCGGCGGGGCCGCUCCGCUCCCGGUCCCGUCAUGCAGGCGGUGGAGCGGGACGGGGCGGCAGGCGGCCCCGAAGGGGCCACGGGAGCCGGUGAGGCCCCGCCGGAGCCGUCGCCGCCCAAGGCCGCCGCUGCUUUCGACUUGCUGGAGCUGGUGCGGAGCUACCGGCGGCUGGAGCUCUACCUGGAGCCGCUGCGGGACGCCGCCGAGGGUGUCCGCUCCCUCCUCCGGUGGCAGCGGCCUGUGUGCUCUCUCCUGGUCUGCCUCGGCCUCAACUUCCUCCUGCUCACUCUCGGCCAAGCUGCCUGGUACUCGGUGCUCGCCCUGCUGGUGGCGGUGCCGGCCCUGCUGGGUUACCUGCAAGAGACGUGCCGGGCCCGGCCCUCGGAGCCGGAGCUGGUGCGCAGGAGGUACCACAGCAUCCGCAGGGAGGAUCUGCGCAAGGUGCAGCUCUCGCGGCAGGAGGCCGUCGCCCAGGUCAAGAGCUUCCUGAUCCAGCUGGAGGGGUUUCUGAGCGGGAUGUGCUGCAGCUGUGAGGCAGUGUACCGUGUGCUGUACUGGGAGAACCCCACUGUCUCUUCCCAGUUUUAUGGGGCGCUGCUGGGCACUAUCUGUGUCCUCUACCUGCUGCCCCUCUGCUGGGUCCUGGCCAUCCUCAACAGCACCCUCUUCCUGGGCAACACCCAGUUCUACCAAGUGAUAAUGGAGCUCAAGGCCUCCAUCGAGCAGUGUGUGGGCUCCAAACCCCUCGAGAGCACUCCAGAGCCUGCUGAACCCCUGCCACCAGCUGCUGCCCCAGAUCGGACCCCCACCCCCACCAGCACAGAGGACCUUACCCCUGGCAGUGUGGAGGAAGCAGAGGAGGCAGAACCUGAUGAAGAGUUCAAAGAUGCUAUUGAGGAGAACCAGCUGCUGGUCAUGGAGGAUGAUGAGAGCUCUCAGUGCUCAGCAGAUUUUGACCUCAGCCUCCCAGACAAUGGUUUUAUGAGCAAAAACGAGGUGAUCCGCAGCAAGGUGUCACGCCUGACUGAGCGCCUGCGCAAGCGCUACCCCAGCAACAACUUUGGGAACUGCACGGGCUGUGCCGCCACCUUCUCUGUGCUCAAGAAGAGGCGGAACUGCAGUAACUGUGGGAACAGCUUCUGCUCCAGGUGUUGUUCUUUCAAAGUCCCCAAGGCCGUGAUGGGAGCCACAGCCCCGGAGGCUCAGAAGGAGACAGUGUUCGUGUGCGCUGUCUGCAACCAGCUGCUCAUCAAGUGAUGAAACAGGCCCAGCCAGCUCUUGUGUCCUGCACUGUGACACCUGGGACAGCGGGCAGGCAGCCUUGCCGCUGGGAGCCUGGACUGUUUGGAUCCCAGCGUGGCAUUCCCCUGCCAGAGGACGCUUGCACUUGCACUCCUCCUGCCAGCGCCAGGCUGGAUGGACCAGCUGUCCUUGCCAUGCACCAUCUGGGUCCCUGUGGUGGAGCAUUGCCCACAGUUGUGCCCCAUCCUCACAGCUGCUCCAAGCCCUGGGUGCUCUCUGGCACUUGCUGUGCCCUGCCAUGUGCUUGCCCAGGCCCUUUGGCCUGGCUCAGUGAUGGAAGAGCCAUCCUUCCUACUCAUGGUCCUGCCUUUGCCUCCUGGCUGGGGCAGAACAACCUCAGGGCUCUGUCCCUACCUUUCCCAGCACUGUGCUAUAAGUGACUGUAUUUUUGGGAUCAAGUCAGAGCUCCUCCUGCAUCCCUUGAGGUCUAGACUAGCUAGGUCUUUCAUCCGGGCUCAGCUGAGACUCUGCUAGUCACUCCUGUGCUCCUGAGCCUCACUGCCUCCAGGUUUAGUCUUUUACCCCCGAAUUUGGCUGUAGCCCAGAGGAGGAAAGAGACUGAGUUUGGGUUGGGCUGUGUGGCUGGAUCUCCAGUGCAAGAAAAGGCAGGAGUUGGUGCUGCUCUGUGCACUUAGUGACUGCUGCUUUCUACUACAGAUUAAUAUAUAAUUGCAUAUAGAGAAUGACCAAUAAAUCUCUUGUCCUCAA